GAAAGCAGCAUCGAGCCCUCAAUGGGUCCGCUUGCCUGCCUCAACCCUGAAGAGGCUUAAUACUGCUGUCUGCUUUGCACCACUUGCGUGUCAGCGUUGGAGUCCUGGUUCGGUGUUCGGUCGUUCACCUGUCGGGCUCUGCACCUUCGGCCUGACUGCUGUGUGCUGCGGCGAUUGCCUCUCGUACAUUUUUUUGUCUCUAGAUACCCCGCCUUCUCAGCCGCCUUACCGAUCUUUCUAUCCUCACUUUCUUACCCUUUUUUCUUCUUCUUCUUUCGCUAUCUAGUUUGAGUCAUGGCCGAGUCUCCCAUCCUACGACCCUUUUUGCCCGAGGGCGCUCCCGACCACCCAGAUCCACCAGAGGCACCUCUAGACGACCAACAACAACAACAACAACAACAACAACCCACUGCAGAAAUGUUAGACGAGGAGCGCCUACUCUCCGCUAUUGCCGACAUACUUGCCAUUCCGAAAGACUCGGUCGAUCUGCUGGACUCGUUCACCCACCUCGGCGGCAACAAAGAAUCGGCCCGUGCCUUGAGCUCCAAAUGUGCGUCCAUGGGCCUACGACUGAAGACCACCGACAUCCUCCGCUGCCAGACCAUCACCGAACUCCAGACCCGUCUUGUUCCCAUCGCAUCGAAAGAACCCGACUCAGACCAUAGCAAUAACGAUCCCUCCGAUGCGCCCGCCGACCCAAUCCCAGACCCACCUCGACCGAGCGGCGACGACCCCGCCCACUCCCCAGAUCCAGAGUCCCAACCACACCGCCCCCCGUCCCAUACAUUCGCCGACCGCGAGGCCGUCGAGAAUCUCAUCCUCUCUACGCCUCAGGUGUCCGGCGCAGCUCUCAUCAGGCCCAAGGCGGGGUGGCUCGAGGACAAACUUGUUGCAUUCAUCAGCCUGAGUAACCCCAACGUGUCCUCAUAUAGCCUCUCCAACGUCCACGUCAUUUCUCAAUCCCAGAUGCACUAUGCCGGGAGCCAAGUCGCAGCUAUCCGCCUCGCCCUCGAGCAGUCAGACCGCCAACUCGCGACACCAAACAAUUGGAUCGUCCUCGACCAGAUGCCCACCAACCAACAGGGUGAGGUGGACCGCCGCAAAUUGCAGACUUGGGCUCAGAAUAUGAACGAGGACAUGUAUCGCCAGGUCACCAGUCUCGAGUUUCACGAGCGUUUCCAGGAACCCCUGACCGAUAUGGAGCGGACCAUCCAAAAGGCUGUCAGUCGAGUUCUUCGCUUGCCCGAGAGCCAGGUUGGCAUGAACUUCUCCUUCGCCCAGCUCGGGGGCGAUGAGGUUUCAACCAUGCUCCUCGUGGCCGCCUGUCGGACCCAGGGCGUCUCCCUCCGCCCGGAGGACGUCCUCAAUAGCCCCAAGCUCUCGCAGGUCGCCUCCCUGGCCUCGCACAAGGGCGACUCGGUCAGCCGCUGGAACGAGGAGUCCCUCGAGUGCUUCAAGCUGUCGCCCAUUCAGCAGCUCUAUUUCGAUACCCCGACCGGAAGCCGGACAGACGAGAGGAGGAAAGCCGACGGCAACUACCGCUUCAACCAGAGCGUACUCUUACGCGUCACCCGAAGCGCUACCCUCGAGGACAUCCACGCCGCCGUACGGACGACCGUAGGCCAUCAUUCCAUGUUGAGGUCCCGCUUCAACCUCGGCCCAGACGGAUGGACUCAGCGCAUCUUGCCGGACGUCCAAGGAUCUUUUGGCUUUGGCUAUCAUGAUGUUACCGGCUACGACGAAGUCUUGAAGGUCAUGGAACAAACCCAGGCUCGUAUCGACAUCGAGCAUGGUCCUGUUUUUGCAGUCGACCAAUUCCACAUGUAUGAUGGCCAGCAGAUGGUCUUCCUCGUGGCCCACCAGCUGGUCAUCGACCGCCUCUCUUGGCGCAUUCUUAUACACGACCUCGACGAGCUAUUGCGUGAAGGCAUCUUGUUCUCCCAGCGUUCGAUGCCCUUCCAGACUUGGAACGAGCUACAAGAGAAAGAUUUCGAGAGGACAAGCGACGACGCUACCAUCCCUUUCUCGCUCCGGAGCUGUGAUUCGGACUCCUGGGGCCUCAAAGAUUCACUGAAUACCUACAACGAGGCCGCCGAGACGGGCUUCCGUAUCAGCUCCGAGCUUACAUCCAUUCUUCACACAACCUGCAACCAGGUCUUCCGCACCGAGUCUGCCGACAUCUACCUGACCGCCCUUCUUCUAUCCUUCAUCCAGACCUUUCCCAACCGACCCCCGCCGACCAUCUGGAAUCAAGAGCAUGGCCGGGAGCUGUGGAGUCCUGAAAUCGACAUCGCCGAAACAGUAGGCUGGUUCACUUCGUUGUGUCCCAUUGGUCUCCGGAGUGAGGAGCCGUACAACCUGGAUUGUCUCCACAUGCUGCGCGAUCUCAAAGAUACGAGGAGGUCGACGUCCCAUCGCGGAUGGAAGUACUUCGCAUCGAGGUGCUUCGGGCCCUAUGCCGAAACGCGGUGUUCCGAGGCGUGGCCUUUUGAGAUUCUUUUCACCUAUGCCGGUUCGUCAAAACAGCUCGAGCGAGAGAACGGCGCCCUACAGCAAAUGGAGAUGCCCGUGAGGGCGUUGGGGUCGGCCUUCUCCGAUCACGGACCCUCGGUGAGCAGGAUGGCACUCUUCGAAGUCUCUGUGACCGUCGACCACGGCUGCGCCAACGUCCACGUUCUCUACAACCGCCACUCCAGAUACCAAGACAAGAUCGCUGACUGGAUACAUACCUAUGAGCAUGUCCUGUACGAAGCCAUCGGCAAGCUGCGAUAUCGAGCCCAGGAACUCACGCUCGCCGACGUUCCGCUCCUGAACACCACGUAUGAGGGCCUAGCCAAGCUCAACACCGAUCGGCUGCUCGCUCUGGGCCUCACCAGUGCGCGAGACAUCGAAGACGUUCUUCCGGUGACGGCGUCGCAACAAUGUAUUCUGAUCAGCCAAAUACAGUCUCUCGACGUCGGCCACAACACGUGCAUCUACGAGUUGUCCGUGCUCAACGGGGUGCGAGCAGAUCAGGCCCUCCUUUGCACUGUCUGGGAACAGAUUGUGACCCGAUACCCGGCCCUCAGAACCGUCUUCAUCGACAGCAUCACCGAGGAUGGCUUGUUCGACCAGGUCAUCUUGCGCAGGUGUUCCCCAACCAUGCUCUUCUUCGACGCCGCCACAGGAGACGAUCCCAUCACGGCUCUCAGGGCCCUACCUCCUAUGCCCGCUAACCCAGCCCAACCCCGCCAUCGGCUCUCCGUCUGCGAUUCCCCCACGGGCACCUACCUCAGACUCGAGGCCAGCCAGGCUCUCUGCGAUAUGCCCAGCCUCCAGCUUCUCAUGGCGGAUCUGAAGAGAAUUUACAACUCUGGCAAGACACCGAUGAGCCUGCUCGACCCGUCCCACACGGCUUGCAUGCACUACCUCUACUCGGCACGACGCGAAGGUAGCCUAGCAUUCUGGCAUGGUCGGCUCCGUGAGGUCCACCCAUGUUAUUUUCCUCGACUAUUGACUACGAACGAGAAGCACACACGCGAGACAUAUUAUUCGAUUGACAUUACUGCCUCGCAGAUGGACGAGUUCUGCCGCCAGUAUGCCACUAGUCGUGCCACCGUCAUGCGCCUGGCCUGGGCUCUCGUCGUUCGUGCCUUCACUGGAUCCAACCGUGUUUGUUUUGGUUACCGUACGCCUGGGCGUGAUGGAAAAGGCGCACCACACGGCCUUCAUCAAUCUAUUGGGUGUUUCGAAAACACUAUUCCCUGUUUCAUGGACCUCUGGGCGUACCAGUCCAUCGAAGCCGUCGUGCGAGACGCCGAGGAAGAUUUCAGGGCCUGCCUCCAACAUCAGCAUGUCUCCACCGCCGAGAUUGAACACGCUCUAGGUCUCAAGGAUGAGGAGUUGUUUAACACCUGUAUGACAUAUGUCGAGGAUCCUCCCGAGUUGAAGAGCCGCUUUACCAGCACGCGGCCUCAGCUGUCCCUCUCAUGCGCCGAAUCUUUCAGCACCUUUGCCUACGAUAUCUCUUUCCUCACCAUGUUCGUCAACGGACAACUUGCCUGUGGCAUCUCGCAUCGCAUCUUGAGCUUGACGCAGGCUUGGAGUGUCACACGAGCCUUCGGCCAGGCUCUUAGGUCGAUCCUCAACAACCCGACCACUUCGGUGGGGGGCCUGGAUCUCUCAGUCGAGGAGAAUGGCGCACUUGUUAGGUCGACCAAGAUCGAGCUGCUCGAACCUUGCGUUCAUUCUUUGUUCUCCAAUCGAGCCAGGGCCUCGCCUGACGCCCAGGCGGUUUGUGCUGCCGACGGCGAUUUCUCAUAUAAAACGCUCACACGUCUCGUGCAACGCUUGGCUACUCAUAUUGUUCAACGGGGUGUUCGGCCGGGCGUGGCCGUACCGGUGAUUCUCGGCAAGACCCGGUGGUCCAUUGUCAGCAUGCUGGCCGUCAUGAAGGCUGGCGGUUGCUUUGUCCCCGUGGACGGUGACGACCGAAACAUGGCAGAGGCCGUUAUUAGGCAGAUAGCUCCUCCUGUCAUUCUAGCAACCGAUAUGAUCAACCCCAACUUGCAUCUGCCCGAGGACGGCGUCCUCGUGAUCAACGAGGCUCUUUUCUCGACUCAGAUCCCCUCUGAUGCGCCGAUGCGGAAAGCUUCCGAAAACGACGCCGCCUGCAUCCUGUUCCCGGCCGGCUCUGGCCGAUCCAAGGAGCUCCGGGGAUUCGUUUACUCGCACAACGCACUCUCCACCGCCUUUCUGGCUCAAGGCGGGCCCCUGAGGAUUGACCAGGACAGCCGUGUGCUACAAGUCUCCUCUUUCAGCCUUGACAUAUCGUUAUUUGAGACACUGGCGACGCUGGUGCACGGCGGUUGUGUCUGUAUCCCGUCAGCAGAGGAACGGAAGCGCGACAUUGAAGGGGCCAUUCGGCGCAUGGAAGUGACCUGGACCUACAUAACUCCCAUCCUUGCCCGCAGACUACAGCCCGAAUCGCUUCCGUCUCUGAAGGUGACAUGCUUCCGGACUCGUGGUCUAGACGAGGACACCUGCGCCCCCUGGUUGCGGUCCACUAAGGUCCUACUGGCGUAUGGCUGCUUGGAGAUCUGCCCGCUUGGCAUUUCCGUCCUCGAAGUGGCCAAGCCAGAGGACCUCCAACGCCUCGCGCAGCCGUUCCUCGGCAAGCUUUGGAUUGCCAACCCGGAAGACUCGAGCAAGCUUGUGCCUACAGGGGCCAUCGGUGAACUUUGCAUUGAGAGCCCCACGCUCGCCCAAAAAUUCGUACCUGGACAGGCUCUCAUGGCCCUAUCGCAGCAACUGGCCGUCGCCUCUCAGGAUGGCCCGCAACUUGUACGGUACAUCAAGACAAGCCAGCGUGUCCGGGACAUGGAGGACGGUACUAUGGAACUCCUGCCGAGCUCUCGGCAGGACAUCACCAUUGAUGGGAAGGUUGUGGCUGCUUCCAAGGUCGAGCAACACCUACGGAGGUGCCUCGGCCAGGGAGUCGAUGUAGCAGUCGAGUCGAUCAGCUUCGAGGGCUCCACCCAGCUCCUGGCGGCCUUCAUUCAGCUUGACAAGCUGUUUGACGGACCUGAGGAAGUGACCAACUUGAGCGUGACGACGAGGAAGCGAGCCUAUCUGGCCAAGAACUUUGCCGAGACAUCUCUUCGCAACACGCUUCCGGCCCAUAUGAUCCCGUCCGUCUUCAUCCCGGUGAGGCGCCUCCCCUUGACGACAGCGAUGAAGGUCCACCGACGAAAACUUCAAAAGAUGGUGAGGGGCAUAUCCCGGGAAGCCUUGUCGGCUAUUUCCGACGCGCCAUCACCGGACCACGCACGGGACUCUCGUGUCAAACCUCUGCCUCUGACGCAGGUUGAGGAGCGCAUGCGAUCGAUCUGGGCGAAGUUCCUCGAAGUCGACGAGGCCACCAUUGACGGUAACCAAACCUUUCGUAAACUCGGGGGCAGUGGCUACCUAGCGGCCAGAGUGGCGGUGGCCUGCCGCAAGGAAGGGCUCACGGUGUCUAUUCAGGACGUGCUGGGGGGCGCUUCUCUGACUGGGCUUUGCCAGGGCAUCACAUUGGCGACGCCGGAACCCGCUGUUGAUCCCAAAACCAAAGCCCCUGCUACCACUGCGCAGGAAUCUCCGACGCGGAAGGAGGCAGAGGGUCUCGUUCCCGAGUCUUUCAUCGAAGAGGUCGUUUUGCCACGGCUCAAAGUCGAGCGCGAUGCUAUCAAGGACGUUGCCGAAGCCACGGCGCCCCAGAUCCGAUCUCUCGAGCUGGCACUACUCAAGGACCGCGGCGACAUCAGCUACCUCACUUUUAGCUUCUCGGGAAUCGAGAGCUCGAAGAAGCUGGAGGCGGCAUGCUUAGGCCUUUGCGUGAUGCAUCCUAUCCUCCAGACGGCCUUCGUUGUGCACGAACGCAAGGUAUACCAGAUCGCGUUGCGCUUGUUCAAACCCGAAUUCAGAAAGAUUCAGUGCCCUAGCUGGAGGCUUUCCCACCUCGCGGACCGACUGAUCAAAAAGGACCAGACGGAGCCCAUCACGCUGGGCACGCCGGUCACGCGGUUCUUCUACCUCGAGUCGGGCAAGCAGUCUACGCUGAUUAUGCGCCUCUCGAAAGCGCAGUACGAUGACGCGUCGGUUGCCAUCUUAAUCCAGGAUCUGAAGAAGAUCUACGCGGGGGCGCAGAGCCAAGCUCCGCGGCCGACUUUCUUGGACUUGGUGCGAUCGGCGCAGCUCGCCCACCACAGGGGUGCCCGGACGUACUGGGCGAGCUUGUUGGACGGGGCCCGCAUGACGCAGGUGAUUGCGCACAGCAAGCCGGCUAGCACCAGCUCGUCGGUCAAGACGAUACGACAGACGCUCGCCAUAACCUCGUUGGCCAGCCUAGGGAUCUCCCUCGACACUGUGGUCAAGUCGGCGUGGGCCAUGGUGCUCGCCAAGCUCUCGGCGUCGGCGGACGUUCUAUUCGGCGAGAUCAUCGAGGGGCGGCAUAUCCAACUGGCGGAAGGGGCCAACGCGUCGGGGGUGCUGGGGCCGGCGAAGAACACGAUCCCCGUCCGCGUCCGGUUCGGCCACUCUUACACGACACCGAUGGAUCUCAUGUCGGUGGUGCACGGGCAGCGCGUGACGGGGAUUCAGUUCGAGAACAUGGGCUGGCUGGAUAUGGUGCAGGACUGCACGGCGCUCCCUUACUGGACCCGAUUCAGUACGGCGGUCCAUCACCAGUCUCACGAUAGCAGCCUGCCGACAUCGAGCUUCAAGCUCGGAUCGGCGAGUUGCAAGCUGAACAUCCAGGAAUCGGCGGUUCAAGAUGUCUUCGAUGUCCUCGUCCGGUCGAGAAAGCCGCAGCCGGACACGGCGGAGAUGUCGCUCACUUUCUGCGAGCACCGUGUCCCGACGCCGUUUGCGAUUGAGACUCUUAAGAUGCUGUGUUCCAACAUCGAGCUCCUCACGUCGGUUUCCAUGAUGCACCCGCUGGUCCCGUCGGGUAGCGAGUUUUCGGCCAUGACCAAGCAAAUUCCGCUGUCGCAGCCGGAAGUGGAGACUGCACAGGCGCAGCUGGGCGCCCACAACAUCCCGACGGAGCAUUAUUACGCGAUCCAGGCCCUUAUUGCGGCGGCGUGGACGCAGGUUCUCGACCCUCGCAGUCUCGGAGUGCCCGAGUCGCAGCUGCACAACGCGGCUUUCUACGACCUCUGGGGCAGCAUGAUUCCGGCGUCGCAGCUCGCGCAGUACAUGAACCGCGAGCUGCCCAACACGGGGGUGCCGGGUCUCGAGGAGGUGACGGUCACGAUGGAGGAGGUGGUGGCGCACCCGACGAUGAUGGCGCAGCUCGAGCUCAUGGCGAGGAAGAUGAUGGGGGACCGCGAAGAGCGUACGCGCAAGCGGCUGCCGGGGUUCGGGCCGCGGACGUCGUCCCUUAGUAAAGGUCUGAAGCGGCUGAGCUCGGUCAUCAAGGACAAGGGACCGGGGCGAACGGGGAGCGGUCGGUCGUCUCCCGAGUGCGUUCCGACGAACAGGACCCCGUUUUCGCAGCACCGCGUGCCGCCGGUGCACUCGGAUGGCAAUGGAAAGACGGCGACGCAGAACAACAAUACGUCGGCGCAGUCGACGCCGUCGCACUCGCCACCGCAGCCACAACUAGAGCAGCAGCAGCAGCAGCAGCAGCAGCAGCAAGGCGGUAUCCCAGCACCUACGCCAGCACCACCGAUCAUGGUGCCGCCACCGGUGGGACCGGCCAUGGAACCUAUUGUCGAGAAGGACGGGGAGCAAGUCGUGCCCGAAGUCGAUGGGGAAACGCUCCUUCGGCGGCGGAGGGGCAAGGACACACCACCUCUAUUGGCUCUCAAUCUGGACUACAUGGAAGGCGACGUGUGGGGCGGAUUGGACGGGAUGGGUUCUGCGACGAGUCACAGCGAGAACGAAGAUGACGACGACGAUGAUGAUGACGACCUUGUCUUGCCGCUCCAAGGCCCACGGAGAGAGAAGGAAGAAGAACAAGAAGGCGGAGAGGGAGAAGGGCGAAGAAAGGAACAACAGCAAGAAAAACAACAGUCGGAGGCGGCGGAUCUGGUCAGCCCCUUGUCGCCGGUUUCGAAGAGGGGGUAUUCCUUCAUCAAGAUGACGGGCAUCGGUGAGACGGAGGCGGCUGGUUCGGCGGGCGGCGCGAAGGAGAGCAGCUCGAUGCGCAGGAAGGCCAGCAGCAUUUUCGAGAGGAUGGGACGGUCGAGUCCCGUCAGUGUUUCGACUAAUUAGGGUUCUUGGGGCUAUGAUAUAUGUGUUUUGUUUUUUUUUGUUUUUUUCCUUUCUUUUCUUUUUUCGAAGCCGGCGUUGGAGAUGGUUCUCGGCGUUACUGAGCGCCUUCUAUUCUAACAUGUCGGGAGGCUUUUAUUCGGGAAGAUCCUAUCAUGGCGAAUGGGGAUGGGGGGAGACCUUGGAUUUAUAUAUAUGAACUCCUCUUG